AUGGAUUGGCUAGGUGACAUUGUCAAUCUAGAGGAGUUGAACGACGUUGAUCCUAUCGACCCCAGCGAAUGGGCCUCCUUGACAACACUCGAAGAUGGUAUCCACAGCGAAUCUCUAAUGGAUCAUUCGCUGCCAGCCCAGCUUGUACCAGAGGCCAACCCCAAGAGGGUGUCGCCAAGACCACCAGCCAAGAUUGGGACACGCUUCUCACAAGACGCGGUUCGAAUAUUGAGAGCCUGGUUUUCUUCCCACGAAGGAAACCCAUACCCCAAUGAAAAAGAGCGACUGACCCUUGAAUUGCAAACUGGACUCAAUAGCACGCAAGUGUACAACUGGCUAGCCAACGCUCGCCGACGGAGACCAAGGAGUAUGUUCCAUGAACCCGCAACGCCCAGUCGACAACAGUCCCCAGUCCCUAUCAACAUCCCACAGAGACCAGGAACACCAAUGAUCCCUCUCCAGAGAUGGAUGGACUCGCCGCCCGAAGAUGAGCCCGUGGAAGUGGCAUCCAUCGUCCGCGCCAUGGAAGAUAACUCUUGCCGCCUGAACCAAGCCGAGAAUCUCGCCCGUGGGUGGAGCGGAGGGUCAAGCCGAUGUUCAUCAGCAAGCAGUGUUGAUUCGUCCCACUCUAGGAGUAGUUCGCUACGCUCCGCGGCAUCCUGGACGUCCUCGAAUUCUAUAGGUACUAGACGGAGAAGCCGGCGCCAAGGAAGCAGAAGAGGGUUGCCUCGGAACUUGGAGCUUGCCAAACGACCCCUCGUCUCCCCGACCAAGCCAUACCAAUGCACAUUUUGCACGGAUUCCUUUGGCAAAAAGUACGAGUGGCAGAGGCACGAGAAAUCCCUUCAUCUCCCUGUGGAUAGAUGGAAGUGCUGUCCCGACCAACCCCGUGUCGUAAAUGGACCCGAAAAUCAACUCUGCUGCGUGUUUUGUGGCGAAACUAAUCCGAGUACUACACACAUGGACAGCCAUAGCCCGACGUCGUGUCAGGAACGCGAGUUCGCUAGGAAAGACCACCUGAAACAGCACCUACGACUCGUUCAUAAUGGCACGUUGCUGGACAGCUUCCAGGCGUAUUGGAAAGCGGAUGCACCGGACAUAAGGUCACGCUGCGGUUUCUGUGGCGAGGCUUUGGGUAGCUGGACGUCGAGGACUGAUCAUCUGGCGGAUCACUUCAGAGCCGGGCAGGAUAUGGCUGAUUGGAAAGGGGAUUGGGGUUUUGAUGAAUUCAUCCUGGCCAGGGUUGAGAAUGCUAUUCCACCAUACUUGGUUGUGAACGAGAGAGACACACCCUUUCCCUAUGCGGCCAGCACCCCGCCUGUAGAAGCACCCAGGUGUGCUUAUGAGCGCAUCAAGAUCGAUCUGCUAUGGUUUUUGCAAUCCUUCCAAGACCAAUAUGGUCUCAUCCCCAGUGAUGACCAAUUCCAAUUGGAAACUUGCCGAAUAAUAUUUUCCCUCGACUCUCUCACGUCAGAGGAGGCUUUGGCAAGGGACAGCGCGGCUUCAUGGCUCAGGGAUCUGGUCACUUCCAACCCCGAGAUUUCACAGCGCGCAAAGCUUGCCCCCGUGAGGCGGGAGAACGAGAGUGCAUUCUCAUCACGGUCGAUGCUUCCCACAGCAACCAGUUACUUCGAGGGUUGUCCUUUAGAAUAUGAGCUUCGGCGCUUCGUUCGACAAGCAUGGGCAUCAGGCCAGAUGGACUUGACUGACUCAGAACUGCAAGAUGCAGCAUGUACAGCAAUCUUGGAAGUCGACGCACGUUUCGCAAUGCCUCUAUCCACAUUUGUGGCGAAGUGGCUGGUGAAAACCAGCAUGUCAUCCACAACAUGGUUACAGAAAUUCAAAGAAAGAAUGGGAGCUUUGAAACUGAGAGUUUUUGGGGCCAUGAGCUCUAGCUCGAGCGAGUCACGAACUAAAAAUGAUAGAGCAGUGACUGAGAUGGAAUUUCUGCCGUUUUAUGUCAAUGGAGAGAUUACAUCAACCCAAUCAACUACGCCCAAUCUCUCCCUAGAUGCAGGAUUUGGCGUAUGGGAUGUUGGAACUGAUUACAACCAACCUCAAACCGGAGACCCAAUUAACCCUGCUAUCGGAAAUGAGCUAAACGCUGAAAAAGAAGUCCCAUUCGAUGUGUCAACGCGUCUUUUUUUCCCAGUCGGGGACCGGUUCGGGGGCGUAACGAACAAACCACAUCACGGGCCAGAGUAUCACCCCGGCUCGUGGAUUACCAAAAAAUUCUACUUUCUCAAUGAUCCUAAGUAUCAGCAAUUGCUCUCUAGAGAGCUGAAACGAUGGGUCAAGGCUACAAUCUCGCCCAACAACCCUACAAUGCACAUACCAUCUGACGAGGAGCUGCGUCAUCAAGCCCGAUGUAUGAUGUAUGAUGAGUACGUUAAGUUGAAACUGCCCCAGUAG